AUGCUGCCCAUUACGGACCACCUGCUGUACCUGCUGGGGCUUAAGAAGACGACGUUCCGCCUCUAUGCUGUGUCCAUGAUUCUCCUCUUCCUGCUCUUCUUCCUCUUCCGUCUACUGUUGCAGUUCCUACAGCUUUGCUGGCGCUUCUACAUCACCUGCCGGCGCCUGCGCUGCUUCCCUCAGCCCCCAAAGCGCAACUGGCUGCUGGGCCACCUGGGCAUGUACCUUCCGAAUGAGACAGGACUUCGAGAUGAGUCAAAGGUGCUGAACCACAUGCACCAUGUGAUCCUUGUGUGGAUUGGACCUGUCCUGCCACUCCUAGUACUGGUACAUCCUGACUAUAUCAAGCCUCUGCUCGGUGCCUCAGCGGCCAUUGCUCCCAAGGAUGACCUUUUCUAUGGCUUCCUGAAACCAUGGCUGGGGGAUGGAUUGCUGCUCAGCAAAGGGGACAAGUGGAGCCGCCACCGUCGCCUGCUGACCCCUGCCUUCCACUUUGACAUCCUGAAGCCCUACAUGAAGAUCUUCAACCAGUGCACAGACAUUAUGCAUGCCAAAUGGCAGCGCCAGGCAGAAGGCAAAGUGGUCUCGCUGGACAUGUUCCAGCAUGUCAGCCUCAUGACCUUGGACAGCCUUCAGAAAUGUGUCUUCAGUUACAACAGCAACUGUCAGGAGAAGAUGAGUGAUUAUAUUUCGGCCAUCAUUGAGCUGAGUGCCCUGGUGGUUCGGCGCCAGUACCGCAUACACCAUCACCUGGACUUCAUCUAUUACCUCACAGCAGAUGGGCGGCGUUUCCGGCAGGCCUGUGACACCGUGCACCGCUUCACUAAUGAGGUCAUCCAGGAGCGGCGGCAGCUGUUACAUAAACAGGGUGCUGAGGCCUGGUUGAAGGCCAAGCAGGGCAAGACCUUGGACUUCAUUGAUGUGCUGCUCCUGGCUAAGGAUGAAGAUGGGAAGGAACUGUCCAAUGAGGACAUUCGAGCUGAGGCUGACACUUUCAUGUUUGAGGGUCACGACACAACCGCCAGUGGACUGUCCUGGGUGCUGUUCAACUUGGCAAAGUAUCCGGAGUACCAGGAUAAAUGCCGGGAAGAGAUUCAGGAUGUCCUCAAAGGCCGGGAGCUGGAUGAGCUGGACUGGGAUGACCUAACCCAGCUGCCCUUCACCACAAUGUGCAUCAAGGAGAGUCUACGCCAGUUCCCACCUGUGACCCUUGUUUCCCGACGUUGCACGGAAGAUGUCAAGCUUCCAGAUGGGCGCAUCAUCCCCAAAGGAGUCAUCUGCCUGGUCAGCAUCUACGGGACCCAUUACAACCCCUUAGUGUGGCCGGACUCCAAGGUGUACAACCCUUACCGCUUUGAUCCCGAGAAUCCACAGCAACGUUCACCACUGGCGUAUGUGCCCUUCUCUGCUGGACCCAGGAACUGCAUCGGACAGAGCUUCGCCAUGGCCGAGAUGCGCGUGGUGGUAGCGCUGACGCUGCUGCGCUUCCGCCUGAGCGUGGACCGAACUCGCAAGGUGCGGCGGAAGCCGGAGCUCAUCUUGCGCACCGAGAACGGCAUCUGGCUGAACGUGGAGUCACUGCCUCCCCGGGCCUAA